AUGAAUGCAGACAAGGUAUUCAAGGCACUGGCCGACCCCACGCGCAGGACGCUGCUGGACCUGCUCUGCAAGGACAACGGCCAGACCCUGGGCCAGCUCUGCGAACACCUGGACAUGGCCCGGCAAUCGGUCACCCAGCACCUGGGCCUGCUGGAAGACGCCAACCUCAUCAGCACCGUGCGCCGUGGCCGCGAGAAGCUGCACUUCAUCAACCCGGUGCCGCUGCACGAGGUGUACGAGCGCUGGAAGGUGUUCGAGGCCAUCACCCGCCCCGAGAUCGCCAGCCGCUACUGGGGCCACGAAAACGUCUCGGACUGGAAGCCCGGCUCGCGCUGGCAGCAUGUACGUGCCAACGAAGCGCGCUCGGUCGAACUGGUCGGCGAGGUGGUGGAAAGCACCCCGCCCUCGCGGCUGGUCAUCACCUGGGCCGCCGCCUCGCAGGCCGACAACCCGGAUGCCUACAGCCGCGUCACCUUCGACAUCGUGCCCUACCAGGACAUGGUGCGGCUGACCGUCACCCACGACGAGCUGGAACCGGGCAGCGGCAUGGAUACCGGCAUCCGCCAGGGCUGGCCGAUCGUGCUGUCGAGCCUGAAGUCGUUGUUGGAGACGGGCAAGGGGUUGGAUGUGUUUGCGAAGCCGAGUUGA